AUGUCAGAACAAGAAUCUGAAGACUCCCCCACCUCUGAGAAGCAUCUAUUCCUUGUGUUCCUUAGAAAGGACCUUAGAGAUGUCUCGGCUGUAGAAUUUAUCAGACACACUAUCCAGUGUAACAGCUUCCCCCCAUGGGAAGAUGCCACUGAAGAUUUAAAGUCCAACAUCAUCGAAGCGACGCCUAAGCAAGCAGAAAAGAUCAAGAGUCACCGCGAUAUCGUACGGAUAACGCCAAUCGAAGCAACAAGUUUAGAAGACGACUUAGAACCCGAGGAAUAUUCACCCAAGACGCCUUACGUCGUUCGUGCUACAAAUCGCAGGGACAAAGACGCUUGCCAUGUUACACAUGCUUCUCUCAAAGACAUUUUCCAAGAUCAGUUGCAACCUCAGGAACUUGGAACUCAUGGUGUCGGCCUUUGGAAGGUCAACUCAACGAGCGAUCAGGUGCCGCUGGCUGCAAAGAUCCAGGGCGUCAGAUCUAUUGUUCCUCUAGAUCAGUAUCUUCUCAAAGAGGCAGAAACUUCUGCAACGAGGAAGCGAAGGAUGAUUAGGCCAAUAGCAAUACACUAUCAAGAUCGUUGCAAAUCCACAGACAAUGCUCUCAAGGACCUCUUUGGGGCCAAUGUGGUACCUCGAUUACUAGCAGAUGGCGGGAUAUCUCACUGGACGGCAAUGUUAUCUUCUGAAGAAGUGAGACAGGCUACAGCCGUUGAAGGGGUGUUUUCAGUCCGCACAGCCGCGGCGAGUGGUACCUAA